AUCAAGACGUGGUGCGUGUCGACGCGUCCUUCUGUACGAUGCCGUGUACACAAAGUCCAAAUUCUUAAGAAAAUCUCGCCACCGUUUAUACGAGUUAAACUCCGUUGGAAAUGAGGGGGGACUAAAGAUCUUUCGUACGUUCAUUCGGGUUUCGAGUUCAGUGUAAAUCGUGCGGCCAGGAGUAUAGAUCAACGGAUAAACCGACGUUUCAGUGAGACACGUGAAAACGUUGACUGCCAGGAUGCGUUAGACUGAACGUUUUAAAAAAGUGAUGUUGAGUAACGUUUAGAGAUGAUGCGCUUAAAACGGACUUAAAGACGCUUUUGUUUGUGGUCUAAAAGUGCGCUGAACGUUCGAGCGGUACCAGUGAUAAUUGCAACCAGAGACCCAGAAGAGUGCAACGAACCCGAAAGAUCCAAGGAUCGUUGAAGGUUCCGAUGCACCCCGCGCCCAGCGCAAAAGGUGACAUCGCAACGUCGGGUCCUGCGAGUGUGUGCGCGAGUUUUUCGCUCGUUUACGCCCAAGGAGUGCAAACGUCCUAUGGAAGAUCCACAGGACAAUAGACGGAAGGAUAAUCGAUCCUCUAACGCGAUCGAAGCGUCGCGCUGUUUCGGAUCGGACUAACGUCGAACCUGCCUCGGAUCUUUCGUUGUCGUUGUUAUCGUUUAGCAACGGACACGUUUCCGACGAUGAUAAUAUUGCUUUAGAAAUUUCCCGCGUUCGUGAUUUGCGUGACAGUGAGUGGACGGUGCGCUGUCACCCGGCGAAGAGGAUGUGAAUCGGUAUCAGAGUGAACGACAUCGAAAAAACAGUUGCGGACAUGGCUUUGAGGUGGCAGGCGAGGCUGUCCAUUGCUGCCAUACUCUUCAUGUGCACCGAAGAUACACUCAGUUUAGGAGAUCGCACGAUAGACAUGGACCGACACGGCAGCCAAAGCAGACCACGAAACCAAUUGCUGGUGGACCCUUCGAGCGUGAAGCUGAAAGCGGAACCGACGUUCGACCAUUCGCAAAACAGCAACGUGACAGCCCUGAUUGGAAAGGACGCCUUUCUGACGUGCAGAGUGCGCAACCUGGGCGACAAGACCGUAUCCUGGGUCAGGAACAGAGACAUUCACAUUUUAACGGCAGGGUCGUACACCUACACGAGCGAUCAGCGAUUCCAAGCGAUUCCAGGAAAAAAUUCAAACCAAAAUAGCGAGUGGUCUGAAUGGACUCUUUGCAUAAAGUGGGCACAGGAGAGAGACCAGGGCCUCUACGAGUGUCAGAUCUCCACUAUUCCCGUCAAGUCGCACCAAUUUCGUUUAAACGUCGUUGUACCGACAGCAACGAUACUUGGAGGACCAGAUCUAUACGUGGGCGCUGGAAGCACGAUAAACUUGACGUGUGUCAUACACUUCAGCUCGGAACCACCAGCCUACAUCUUUUGGUACUACUAUGAACAAGUGCUGAGCUACGAUAGUCCCAGGGGCGGCAUCUCGGUGAUAACUGAAAAGGGUGGCGACGUUACCACCUCUUGGCUCCUUAUUCAGAUAGCGCAACCCUCGGACUCUGGGGAAUAUAACUGCAAACCCAGCAACGCCAAUACGGCUUCCAUCAAAGUUCAUGUCCUGAAUGGCGAACGACCAGAGGCGAUGCAGACCGGAACUGCGGGACCCAACUUAUCCUCGAGCUGUCUAUUGGUGUCCCUGAUCAUUUUGUACAUAUCGUCGGUGUAAACGAACGAAAGGUGCGACAACCGCAAGCCAGUUAGGCGGAGUUUUCAAGUCUGUCAGGGUAUGUUCAACGAGUUCACGCUACCCGUUUACCAGGAUCGAUAGAAUCGUUCGCGAACGAACUGUUAAUUUGACGUGCGAGUUUUGGGCUCCACGUGGCUCGUUUCCGGUCCCCUCUGUGGACGAGUUUAUAGCGAUCGUCUCGACGGUUUAUGAACAUCUUUUCGAACGACUCUACGAUCUAGAGGCAAUCUUAACCUAAGAAACGUGUUCGGGGAUGCAGACGGAGAUGCAUCUCUAAAAACAUUUAGUUAAGGAACGUCGACGCUAAUAUUGAGAACAAUUCGAUGGGAAUUGGGUUCAAUUUUAAAGGAAAGAUAAUUAGUUACAUUGCAACGUAAAGAGCGAUUUCGUACGGUUUCGUUUUUCCGAUGACAAGCUUGAUCCCCGAUGAAAGGAGCAGAUUCACGAGGGGUGUAAACGCGGGAACGACCGUCACGCUUUACGAUCGGUCGAAACCCGACUGCAGGACAGUAUUCAGUGAGAAAUAAAACGUGACUGGACUGUUCGAUCACACGGUGUUAACAAUGAAGCUUCCUCUCGAAAAAGUCCCCGAAAUUGUCAAAAUUUCCGCCCCUUUACGACGAAGGAAAACCGUAUUCUGGAGAAACGUGACUAUAGCGCUCGCCCCAAUUUUUAAGAGCGAUUUGUUCGUUGACGUAACUGCAAAUCCCUUGGCUUCUGCUAACAGUGAUCACUCGGGAUCCUUUCCUAGUUCCGAACGAAACGUAUUACAGCGGAAAGCAAAUAUGUACCUAAAAUCAAUAAUGUCGAGGCUUCCUAGAAUUGUUUGUUCUCGGUGUUAGCGUCAACGAUGAUAACACGAAACUUGUACAUAGCGUCUGUAUUAUAAAUUGUGGCCGGGUGUGAUGAUAGUUACACGCGAGCGUAAAUGCGUGCACGCGCCAAACACUCUCUCUCUCACCUGAAACCGAUGUGCUGGUGGAUCUAGUAAUUGCGUUUAUCGCGGGAAAAUCGAGUUUCGCGGUUGAAGUGGCUCCGAACGAGCGACGCGCGAACCAUGAAGCGGAAUCUUCGUCGACAGGAUUCGAGGUGGCUCGAAAUACUAAACGCUGGAUCAUCGUUCCGAAUUUCGUUAACGUUUCUGUUGUCGUUCAUUUCCUUAUGCCUCCACUUAGGAGACACGUAAGGCUGAAUAACCGUGCUGUUUAUUUAACUGUGUACCGAGCAUGAACUUCGAUUUCAGAAGCUUUAUUUUUGCUUAUGUGGAGAUUUUAAAGAUGGCGAGAAUGCGAUGGAGCGAUGAUCUCGCAGCGAUUUGCAGGUAAUCGACCUUCCCUCACGAAUCUUUGUCGUUGUUUCCGAAUCGGUGGUCCGAAGAGUUUCAAACGAAUUUCCCUCGUGAGUCCAGAAACCUUUUUACUACUUUGUAUAUUUUUCCUUCCUUUCGAACGCUUCCCUGCGUGUACGUGACACACCGUGAAAAAGGCUAUAGACCAACCAGUAAGCACCACGAGAGAAGGGUCAGUCGGGCCACCGAGUUGGAUCCACUUCGGUCGCGACGCGAGAACACGACAAUUUUCACUUUCUAUUUGUGUGUGUGUGUGUGUCUGUUUCGAUGUGAUAUCCUCGCAGGUAGGGCAGGAUCGGGCGUAGAAAAAAGUAUUCUUUUUCUUGCGCUACACCAACCGAAUUCCCUUCACUCUUGUGUUCCUAUUUACCACCACGGUGGCGAUUCUUUCCUCGGACUUGCGUCGACGAAGACGGUACAGAGAGUCCAAGAGAGAGUCGUUCGACGAAACUUCCAGAUGGAAUCGAUACGAGAAACGUGACGUAAACUUAGGAGAAUAAUUGCAGAGAAGGGGUUGAGAAAACUUUGCGAAUUUUUCUUCCCCUUUUGACGGAAACUACGUGUAACGGAUAGGACGCGGUCCAUUAACCGGCUGACCGUACAUUCGAUUUCGCGACGCGAAUUACGUUCGCGGGAAACUCGGCCUCGGAUAUUUUGUUCGAAACUCGUUUAUUUUGGUGAUCGAUAAUAACGCUCCCGGCUAUUUCAUAGGUAAUCACGUUUUGUCCACUCGUUCGAACGCGUUUUUUAUGGGCUCGGUAAAUUUGAUACGUCUUGGUUGAUAAAUCGUAUGGCACAAAGUGCUUUCAAUUUCAAUAUUUCAUUUCGUAAUUACUUUAAAAAAUAUACUGCCAAAAGUUCAAGAAGUACAACAAAUGUACUCUUAUCGAAUUACGGAAUGAAAUCAACACUAUUAAUAAACUAAUUUGCGUCAACCACCGGUUGAAACCCGUCGAUCUGAUAGAGGCAGAAAUAUAAUUUGUCCCUUUGCAACAUGCAAUUCAGCGAUUAGUUUGAAAAUAUGUGGAGUUGUAAUAUUAGUUUUGAUUAAUCAACGAGGUGCGAUAAUUUUGAGUUGUUACGUCAAUUCGUUUUCAAUUUGGUGAUUGCAUCGGUGGUAGCAUAGUUUAUUUUGCAGGUAGAAAGCACGCGAUAUACGCGAUGUAACGAGGUAAACGCACGUCGAAGAACGAGAGGGCGAAAGGAAGAAUGAAAGGAAAUGCAUCGAAACAAACUCCGGAUUUCGUUCGUUCCAGUUGAACAAAUCGGUCGCGAAUCGAAUUCAGCUCUCGUCGAUGCAAUUCGAUUGGAAAGUCGUCCUCGCAAGCCUCGAUCUCGUUCCCCUGACCGUGCACAAAUAGCUUUGCCCUCGCUGUGGCCACUUUGUCCGCGUUCGCGGCCUUUUACCUCGCUCGAAAGGAAAAGUGAUGUCGUUGGUGGUGAAUCGUGGAAAAAAACCGCGUUAAAACGCGAACAACGAUCGGAGCGGCACGGAUAAAAAAAGAAAACCGCAGCAUGAGCUGGCUCUCUCUUUGGAAUCUCUCUAUCGACUUUUUUCUGACUCGAUGCACGCGUUAUCGCGACGUAUCACCGCACAGACUAGCUACCUAAGCGAAACUAAACAAUAAGUGUCGCUGUUCAGCGAGACGGCCGUUCGAGGACGAUCGCUAAACCAGAGGAUGAAAAUAUGAAACGUUCGAAAACGGCGCGUCGUAGACUCACUCGGCAAGCCUGUAGCUCUUAAUCGACGAUGCUAAAGCAAGAAAAGAGAGGGAGAAUAAAACCACGAAAGAAUCUGUAAUCGCAGCGAUAUCGUUUAGACUAGAUAGGUAUAUUAUUGUACAUACUACAACAUUACGAUGUUUAAUAAAUAAAAACGUUG